AUGAUGAUUGAAAUUAAAGAAUUAAGAGUGAUUAGAUCGGAGCUUACAGAAUUUGCAGAGAGAACAUCAAGGAGAAAUGAUAGAGAAAAAGAUCACCGGAAAGAUGUUGACGGAAGUCACUACUGCCCUCCCGCACGGCCACACCACGCCACCGCCGAACGCCGGCUGCUUCUCGCCUGCUCCAUCACAGACGUUGUCAGUGUUGCUGCCUGCUGCCUGCUAUGGGUUGCUCGAGCCUCAAAGGAAGCCUCGAUUCAAAAGUUCAUGUCUAGUAGUGGGGCUAGUGGCUCUGAUUCAUGCAAUGUUAGUGGUGAUGCUACAAAUGAAGAGGGUGAUUUCGGUUCUUAUCCUUUGUGGAAAUAUGUUGUUAAAGGAGACAAAAUGAGUGGGGGUGGGGAAAGACAAGUUGAGCAAUAUAUAGAAUCUAGACAACCAAAAAGACCACCACUUCCUAGUCAAUCUUUGUCUUCUGAAACUUCUCUUUCACCAACUUCAUAUGCCAAGAAAAGAAAAUCUGACAACCCAAUCACCAAAGCUUUUGAUAUACAGGCUCGAAACAACUUGGAUGUUGAGAUAGCAAGGAUGUUUUUUACUGGAGGAUUGAUUUUCAACCUUUGUCGAAACCCUUACUAUGUUAGUUCAUACAACUAUGCUGCCACAAAUAAUAUUCCUGGUUACAAGCCUCCUGGUUACAAUAAAAUGAGAACCGCUUUGUUAGAUAGAGAGAAAGAAAAUGUUGAAAAGCUUUUAGAACCAACAAAGGCUACUUGGAGGGAAAAAGGGGUAAGUAUAUUGAGUGAUGGGUGGAGUGAUCCACAAAGGAGACCUUUAAUUAACCUCAUGGUGGCUUGUGAAGUUGGUCCUCUGUUCUUAAAGGUCGUUGAUUGCUCAGAAGAGGUAAAGGAUAAAGACUUUAUUGCUAGUUUGUUGAAUGAUGCCAUUGAAGAAGUUGGAUAUGACAAAUUUGUUGUACAAAUUCUCACUGAUAACGCAAGCAAUUGCAAGGCCGCUGGAGAACUUAUAGAGGGUAGAUAUCCACAUAUAUUUUGGACACCAUGCAUUGUUCACACUCUUAACCUUGCUCUUAAAAACAUUUGUAAUGCUAAAAAUGUUUCAAACAAUGAGGAGCUUCUUUCUGUUGGUGAUACUCGCUUCGCUUUAUUAGUUGUCAUGCUAAAGAGGAUGAAACUUCUUAAAACUACUCUUCAAUCCAUGGUUUUUAGUGAGGCUUGGUCCACAUAUCAUGAUGAUCAUCGUGGACAAGCUACACUUGUGAGGGAAAAGAUUCUAAAUGACGAUUGGUGGGACAACGUUGAUUACAUCCUUGAUUUUACUUGUCCCAUUUAUGACAUGAUAAGAGCAUGUGACACCGACAAAGCAUCACUUCAUCUAGUAUAUGAAAAAUGGGAUUCAAUGAUUUCAAAGGUAAAGGAGAUCAUAUAUAACCAUGAGCAUAAGCAAAGGCAUGAAUAUUCUUCUUUUUUUAGUGUGGUCGAAACAAUACUUCUUAGCCGUUGGAAGAAAAGCAACAGUCCACUUCAUUGUUUGGCACAUUCUUUGAAUCCAAGGUAUUAUAGUGACACGUGGCUUAAAGAGGUCCCCGGUAGAGUUGCUUCACAUGUUGACAAUGAAAUUUCCACACAAAGAUUCAAUUGCUUUAGAAGAUUGUUUCAAGACUUGGAAGAUAGAAGAAAGGUUAAUAUGGAGUAUGCUAUUUUCUCAGCAAGAGAUGGUGGUGUAUUUACCGAACCGGAAUGCUUGAAUGAUAUGUACUUGAUGGCUCCAAAGCAUUGGUGGGCAACUUAUGGCUCACAAGUUCCGAUGCUUCAAGCAUUAGCAUUCAAGUUGUUAGGACAACCAUCAUCUUCCUCUUGUUGUGAGAGGAAUUGGAGCACAUAUAAAUUCAUUCAUUCAUGUACUAGAAACAAACUUGCACCAAAACGUGCUCAAGAUUUGGUGUACAUUCAUAACAAUCUUCGUUUGCUUUCAAGGAGAGGUGAGGCUUAUAACAAGGGAAGAACAAGGUUGUGGGAUGUUGGAAAAGAUGACUUUGGAAAUCUAGAAGAUUCUAUUUGUCUUGGCAUGGCGGAUCUUUCUCUUGAUGAGCCCGAGUUGGAAACUACUUUUGUAACGGAGGAUGAUGAUGGAUAUUAUAUGAAUGAUGUGUGA